AACAAAUGACAGUUUGGUGGCUAUAGUCCUCAUAUGCAUCAUCCAUCCAUUCUCACCUCUGCUCGCUGCCAACGCCACCACAUCCAUCGCUCUUCUUCACAUGGCGAUGGCAGAGUGAAGUGAGAGUGAGAGUGUGUGUGCCUUGGCCCUCUCCUCCACCUCCAGUCCUGUCUUGUCCCCCACCAUUAUUCCUUCCUUCCCUCCCUCCAUUUUUGUCCGUUUUACUGCUCCCUCUCCUCUCCCUUCCUCUCCUAGUGAGCCCACUGCCAUUGUUGAGAGGUAGCCUAGCCUUAACAGCGCGCCAUUGCCCAAGGAUGCAGCAUCAUGCAUUCACUCCCCUGUCCACUGCUGUCCGCUGGAUGAAUAUUCAUUAAGGUGUAGUGUAGUGUAGUGUAGUGCAGUUAGAGCUUGCUUGCUUGGGAGCAGAAGCACCCUGCUGCUGCUGCAACAGUGGUAGCAUCUAAUCUAGCAAGCUAUCAGGAGUAGGAGGAGUAGUACAUAACAAGAAAGGAUAGGGAUAGGAAAGGAUGGUGUGGAAGAGCUGCAGGGGCUCCAUCGUUGUGCUCCUCCUCCUCCUCUUUGCGGCGCCGCUCCUCUGCUCCGGCGCUGGCAAUGACGUCGCCGUCAGCUUCUCCAAGACCCCUCCCCGCGUCUCCAAGUCGGCGUCGGCCGAGUUCGCCUUCCAGGUCGUGGACAGCAAUGGAGGGCCCUGCCAGGAUUGCACCAUCACCUGCAAGUUGGACGGGAAGAGGGAGGGGGAGUGCAACGGGACGAGGAGGGCGCGGCUGAGGCUCAAGGACGGCAACCACACCUUCACGGCGUGCGCAGGGCGAACACCAGCAACAACAAGUUGCGCCAUCUACGCCUGGGAUGUUGACACGGUUGCCCCGACGGCGUCCGUGAUGGCGGAGUCGGCAUUCACGAGCGCAUCCAACGUGUCGGUGCUCGUCUCCUUCUCCGAGCCCUGCCACCCAUUUACCUGCAACGCCACCUACUGCCAUGUACUGAUCGUGUACGGGCCCGGCCGCGUGGAGCCGGCGACUAUGCAGGUCCUCCGCCCUGCCCUGCAGUACUCCGUGGCCGUCACCAUCUCGCCGGAGGAGCUCUAUGGCCGCCUCAUCCUCGUCAUGCCCAGGGGCUUCUGCACCGAUGCUGCCGGCCACCGCUUCACCCGAACCGCCAACUCCACCUUCACCCUGCACUUUGACAGACGGAGCGACUCCAUGAGUAUUGGCAGCAGCAUCCCUGAGAAGCUGAUUGAGAUCGAGGGCGCCAGCAGGGUGGUCCAAGCCACCAACGAUGAGAGGGAGCUGAGGAUAUACCUCUCCUUCGCUCAACCCGUCAUCAACUCCUCUGCCCAAAUCCUCGCCGCUCUUACCGCCACCGAUGCCGUACUCACGCCAACCAACCGAAGCACGCUCGGAAACCGCCGCUUCGGAUACCUCGUGAAUAGGACGUCAAACACCGCCGUCGUGACUGUUUCCUGCGAUGCAAAUUCCAUAAUUAGCAGACAAGGGACUCCUGUUUUCUCUUCACAACCUUACACAUUUCUUUACGAUAAUCAGAGACCUUCUGUUAAGCUGGCAACCUCGACUGUGAGAACAAGCUCCCGCAACAUCCCGCUUUUGAUCAGGUUUGCAAAGCCCGUCUUCAACUUCACUUCCUCUGCGCUGCAGCUUUCGGGGGGCAAUCUACUCAGCUUCCAUGAGGCUAGUAAGAGCAUAUACACGGUGCAGAUACAGGCAGUUGAUAAGGUGAUCUCGGUCCAGGUCGCCGAAAACUCUGCUCAGGACGUCGCAGGGAAUCCCAACUUGCCGUCAGACCGUCUUGAAGUGAGGCAUUAUUCUGUUCCUGCGUCGUCGUCGUCCAUGGCGAUCGUUACGACGGUGGUAUUCGCGGUAACUGCAGCAGUCGCCACGCUGCUGACAGUCUCAACCUCGUCGCUCCUGGCGUCAGGAGCCAUCCAGAGGCCGUCCUCAUACAUCAUCUCCGACCCAUCACGGAAUCUUUUGAGAAUGGCGUGCCACAUCCAGGUGUUGGCUCUGUCGCGAUGGCUGUCGAUAAACCUGACGGUGGAGUACUACGAGCUGAGCAAGGGCCUCGAAUGGAGCAUCCCUUACAUGCGGCUGCCAUGGGAAGGCCCCUCCGCCGACCCCUUCGUCGGCUACUCCACCAUGCCGGCCAUCGCCUACUCCGAGCUUCUCGACCGCAGCGCCGUCGCCGCCGACGUCCACCGCCCUCUAGGCCUAGGCCUAGGAGCGUUGGACGGCAAGCCGCUCACCGCAAUGGAGUACCGGUAUCUGUUCGAGAACCAGGACAUGAAGCCCGAGGCGCAGAUCAUCAUGAAGCUGCAGGAUCUUGAUGGCUGGAAGUACUUCUUCAGGAACAUGUUCUGGCUGGCCAUCGUCGCAGGCGCGCUCCUGCUGCUGCAUGCCGCCCUCCUCCUCUACCUCAAGCUGCGCCACAGACGACACUCCUACGGCGCGCUCGUGUUCCCCAGGCUGGAGCUGAUGCUCGUCAUCCUCGCCAUGCCCUGCGUCUCGCAGGCGUCCGCGGCGCUCAUCAGAGGCGGCACCACGGCCGGGCUAGUCGUCGGCAUCGUGCUGACUGGGGUGCUCACGGCGUUCCUGGUGGCGCUGCUGCUGUUCCUGUCGCUGGGCGUCACCACGGGGAGGCUGCUGCAGUACAAGGAGGUGCACCAGGAGGGGCGGGAGUACCACUGGUACCAGGAGCUGGUUCGCCGGACGCUCGGCCCCGGCAAGCGCGGCCAGUGGACGUGGAGGGACCCGGACCACGGCCGCGCCGCCUGGCUCGUCAAGCUCGGGCCGCUCUUCGAGGACCUGCGCGGCCCGCCCAAGUACAUGCUCUCCCAGAUCGCCAGUGGCAAGCGCCCGGCGGCGGAGGCGGAGCAGAUCAUCGCGUCCGACGACGAGAACGAGGACGCCGAGGCGCCGUUCCUGCAGAAGCUGUUCGGCAUACUGCGGAUCUACUACACGUUCCUGGAGUCGGUGAAGCGCGUGGCGCUGGGCAUCGUGGCGGGCGCGCACGCGUCGUCGGACCACUCGUCGCGGGCGCACGCCAUUGUGGUGCUGGCCAUCGCCUCCUUCCAGCUCUUCUUCAUGGUGCUGAAGAAGCCCUUCAUCAAGAAGCGGGUGCAGCUGGUGGAGAUCGUGGCGGUGGGCAGCGAGGUGUUCGUGUUCGCUGCAUGCCUGAGGCUGGUGGACAGUGGUGGCGCCGAGGAGGGAAGUGGGCUGGGGCUGGCGAUGCUGAGCGUGAUGGCGGUGGCGUUGGCGGCGCAGGUGUGCAACGAGUGGAACGCGCUGUACCGGCAGGUGCAGCUGCUGAGCCCGGACAGGAGGUCCGUCGUGGAGGGCGCGAAGGCGGUGUGGAUAGGGCUCCUGCUGCUGGUGGUGCCGUCGUCGGCGGUGGGAGAGCAUCUGGAGAAGAUGAAGCAGAAGCAGCCGGUGGUGGGGCAGCUGGGCGGUGGUGGCGCCGGCGCAGAGGCGCAGAGGUCGUGGCUGGGGCAGCUGCGGGAGAUGGCGAAGGCGAGCUUCAGCAGGGAGGGACAGGUGGAUGCGGGCGAGGCGUCGGGCAGCAGAGGAAAGGGGAGCAAGAGCAUGUCGUCGUCGUCGGAGUCGAAAGGCGAGCAGUGGAGCAGCAAGACGAGGGGACUGUACAAGGAUCUGGAAGCCAUCUUCUCCAACAGGUAGCUUAAUUCAUUCAAGUGUACCAAGAAGCAAUUGAACGUGCGGCACAGCUAAUGCUACGUUUAAUUAUACACUACUCACCGGUAUAUGGAAUUCAUCGUGCAUGCAUGUUGUACAUUUGCUCCAAUGAGCGUCUCCAUUUGCGUUUAAUUUACCCUGUUAACACGCCACCAUCAAGGAUUCUAAACUCUUAA